GGCAGAAAGAAGCGCGUCUGUCACACGAAGGGUAGUCAUGUCCGUCUUUUGUUGUGGAAGUUCUUUAGAUCUUUGCCGAUUACCAGACAUACGAUGACCAAAUAAACUUGGCGAAGUACUAAAGGUUAAAAGCACUCAAAAUGACGCAGACUGGGGAUCCACAGCGCAAAGAACAACUGAAGGAAUUCCAACGAAAUGCACAUCGUUUACUGUCAGAGGAUGACCGUAAUUAUUUACAUUAUACGCUCAAAGAAUACCAGACUUAUAAAUCAGUAGAGAAACUGGUGACUGCGUUGAAAUCGUGCCUGGAUAACCCAAGAAAACUGGAUCUUCUCGCUGAUAUUCGAAACCUUAUUCCUUCGGCGCAUCUGAGCAAGUUUGAUAGUUUAGCUCCGUACAGCGAAAUGGCUCAUCCUUUCAAACCACCAAACCAAGUAGCUGCGAACCGCAAGACUCAAAGUUUGCCUCACAGUUACAAGAACAGCGAGCUCAGAGCACUUGCUCGGGGCUCUUCACCGACUAACGCUGGUUCUUUUAAAGUUAUAACGUUAGCAAGAACUUCGCUAGACGAGUCUCUUGGGUUUAAAAUCAAAGGCGGUCGCGAAAACGAUAGGGCAAUUUUUAUUUCCGAAGUGGAUGAGAGCUCCUCUGCGGCUAAACAAGGACUCAAAGAGGGCGAUCGAGUAAUUGAGGUUAAUGGAAUCGAUUUUGAGAAAAUUACUAAAAGUUCAGCGGAAAACUUGUUGGGAUCCAUGAAUAAACUCAAAGUGGUUGCUAAGUCGUCAACCUCCUUGCCCGAAAUGGAUGUGUCUAACUCUUGGUAAGUUAUGACUGUCAUGAUAGGAAAUCACAACUGCUGAUUAUUUGUCACACCAUUCGCUUUGCCAAAGCUACUUGUGGCCUUAGUUAUUAAUGCCCAGCAUUUUUAUUAAACAAUCACUUUGGUUCGUUUUGUUAAAAAACAAUCGCAAAAGGACUUUAGGAAGCGUGUUAGUGUUAAGUAAUUUAAGGGCUCGUGACUCCCGUUCCGUGACUUCGACUUCUUCUUUCUUAGAUAACACUAGCUUACAUCUGCAUCUCUGACUUUCAGAUGUCAGAAGUUGGUUGGACAUUUUGUUAUCCAAACAACAUACAAGAUGGUAGUUAUAUUGUAGGGCCAACAUUGUUACCUUUAUCAUUUUCACAUUGUGUUUACGCGCACUUGUGGUACUUCGUAAGUUGGAGAUUGUUUCUUUGAAACUAUUCACUUGAAACUUGUACUUUGUUCAUAUAAAUUUAACCAUCUAUCGACCACCUCUUAUAAGCUUUAAAUUGGAGAUGGAGUUGAGAAUAAUUAGCCAAUUUACGUUCUGUGGUAUUGGUUUUUGUAACAUUUUGAAACUAAUUUAUGGUUUGUUUGUAAGUGGUUACCGUGUAUGUAUUUCAAGUAACCUGCUGACCUCGGAAUAUUUCUCAUCCACGAAAAAUUUUUAUGUGCUUCUAAUGGCAUCACAUUGGGAUCCUACCGUUUAUAUUUAAUAAAUAUUAUUUUUCGCAGGAAGGAAACGGCCUCAGUUAGAAAUAUCGGUUUGAUUUGUUACGGAACAGCGGGUUUUAAACUGAGUAUUUUUGGGGGAUUAAUAUUGCGUGCAUUGUUUCACCUGGUUGAACCUGUAAAUUCACGCAGGAAAAUGUAGAUGUCAGUGGUUACAAAAUAAAAUUUUGAGAGAAAGUCCAUACAAUAAAAAAGUUCAUUUUGCUUAAACUUAGUAGCUUCCUGCAGCAGGAAGAAAGGAACGUACACUAGAUUUCAUAAGGUGAAUAAAAAUGUUACUGCCACUGUAUGCAUGGCUGGGAAAUAUGCAUCUCUGCAGGUGUAAUUAAGCCAAAAUUACAAAACAAAGUCUGUUAUGGUGAUAAAACAUCAACAAAAACAGCAAAAACUUUAUAAGCAGUCUGACUGUCUUCAGAGUCCUCAAAAAUUAUUGUUCCCCGUUGGAGCAGAUUUUUAUCAGUUUGAAAUAGUUUUGAUGCCACCUGCUACAGGUAUUAAAUGUCUUAACAUAUACAUCCUAAUAACACAGAACCUCCCCCUUUUAAUAACAUGUAGACCACAAUAAUAUUGUACAGAAAGAUUGGGUACGUUUUUCUGAAGGACACUUUUGAUAAUUGAUAAUCAAGAGAAGGCCAAAUGCACAGGUGGCUUCCCAACAAUUAAGAUUGAAAGUUGUUUUUAAUAAUUAUUGGCUUGACUUUCCAUAUGACCCAUUUUAUCAUCAGAUGCCUGAGGAAAUAGGUAGAAAUCGUGGUAUUAUAAUUAAAAUUGCUUUUUUUAAAAAUUUUUUUUGAACACUAAUUCUAAAAAGUGGUUUUUGCAUGUGAAGAUUAUUAUUAACAAUGCCAUUUUCAUUCGAGAUUCACCCAAAAAGGACUUUGAUAAUAAAUAUUGAUACAUGGCUGCUUGGAAAGUGGAUAUAUGUUUAUUUCUAUUUGAUAGUUUUUUCUUUGCAAUUGUUCCCUCACACUUCACAGUAGGAAUAUGAUUCUAUAAGUUUCCAGUGGUUAAUUCAGCUCAUGAUCCUUUGGGUCUUAUAUAUACAGGGGCACCCAACGAUAAUUUUUGGAAAAAUAUCUGUUUGGAAGACAAUUUGAGAUCUAGAAUUUUCGGAACAUUUGUUGUGAAAUUACUUGCUUGCCUGCCUCUCCUAGGAUUUUCGAACAUGUAAAAAAUCGUAAAAUUGCCCAUUUUCAACGGAUUUUUACCCUAAAAAGGUCACCUAGAAUUUUCGGGAGCCUUUUUUCUGGCUGAAAUUUUCGAACAGGUAAGUUUUGAUCCCUAUAAUUUUCGGAUCACCAGACUUUCAGCUGGGAAAUCCAAACAGAUCAAAAAUUUAUAGGGGAUAAAAAUAUGCCCACAUUCACCGUUUAAAUACUAAAACACGUUUAACAAUGCUAUGUUUAAGUGGUUUUAAACUAUAUUCUCGUUGGGUGCCCCUGUAUAUAUAUAUUUUUGCUAUAGCCAACAUUCCUGUUCAAACUGGGUAUCUCACCAAGGUCCUCCACACUUCAUCUUAGUGCAGCAAUGCUUUGUCUUUUGUCUAUUCUAUUCCUGACAUACCAUACAGUGUAAUUUUGUUCUGCAUUGGGUGAUCCUUCUUCAGUCUGUUAUACUUUGGUAAAAAAUUGACCUUUGUUUUGCAGGGGUCAAAGGAAUGGAAGAGUUGUCCAAAAUGGAAUGUCUGAAAAUGACAGUCUUCAGGUACAUUGUAGAUAUUCUUUCAGAGCCAUUAAGUUGGUACGAGAUAAGACAAGGAUAGGGUUUAACCCAUGAUAUAAAAGUAAAAAGGGUUUACAUGGGAAAACAAUCCUGAGUUGGACGAGAUCAGUUUUUCUGAGGAAAUAACUAUUAACUUGUGAAAAAGCUGAAGUUUCAGAGCGAGACAUUUUCCCCAUUUGGUUAUCCCAGAUCUUGCGUCUGUCAUGCACAAAUUCUGGCUACCACCCUGUAUAUUAGAUACACGGCUAGCUUUAAACAUUCAGAGGGUUGUCAGUAAUUUAUAGUACCUUUUGGAAAGUUGGAAGACACUGAAGAUUUUCCUGACAUUUUUGGUCUACAGGCAAGCAGUGGUAGUGGGGGAAGUCUUACUCUUCAGCAUAAUUCUCAUCUGCUGAACAGCUCUGAUCAGAGGAAAGUCAACCUUCAAGUACAGUCAACAGCAAAUGGCUUCAUUGGGUUUAACCUUCGAGGUGGAAGUGAAUAUGGUUUGGGUUUAUACGUCUCUGGGUAUGUACCUCUACAACAAUUACCUCUGACAAACUGAAUCUUAUAGGACCAACUAAAUAGCUGACUUACUGCUUCAUUACAGAAAAUUUUACAUGUACAUUGUUGCACUGAAUUUAUCACCAAAUUAACACUUUUGCUCCUCUGUCAAGUCAUUGUUAGAUGAUUUAUGACUUUAACCUUUUAAUCUGUGGACAGAAUCCUAUGGUUUCACCAUUCAAUGGCUACCUAUUGGACAGAACUUUUGCAGGGUACUAUGGUGGAACCUCUAUUCAGGGGACAAUCUUGGGAACAAGCCAAAAAUGUCCCCUGAAUAUAUAGGCUGGGUUGAGGUUUGUUAAUUAUUAACCAACAAAUAAAAUAUAUUUUUUUAUUCUGCCUCGGAAUCUGCUGCAGUACUCCGAUUUAAGUGAGAUAUAGUUAUUGUUGUGACUGUGCACACUUAAACUUUAUCUACCCUCUAUUUUGGUCAGUCACAUUUUGAGUGCCAAGGUGUCCCUUGAAUGGAAGUUAAACCUGGGUUUCAGGACCCAGAAAUAGUCUCCCUUUCCCAUGAAUAGAGGUGUCCCUUAUGAGACCAAGUUUUGUAUCCCCUGAUUGGAUCUGUCCCUUGAAUAGAGGUGUUCCAAAGGAGGGGUUCCUGAUGGGUCUAAAGUAGGUCACAUUCCACAGGUCAAGAGUUCAGGUCACUGCUCCAUUGGUAAAUCACCAAACCACACAGAUUCCCCUCAAUCUAAUAGAGUUUGGUUAAGAGAUUAGGGCCAGGAGAUUUUAUUCAUUUAUCUUUAGCAUGGUGACCUGUACUCUGACCUGUGGAAAAGUGAUAUGUAUUUUAGACCUGCUGCCUUUGCUUUCCUUGGCCUUUUGACUCUGUUACAGUCACCUAGUAGGUUAUUACAAGAAUAUACUACCUCUUACUCUAAGUGUUGUUGUCUUUACACAGUGUGGAUCCUGGUUCACUAGCAGAAGAAGCAGGCUUUAAAGUUGGUGACCAAAUUAUGGAGGUCAAUGGGAAAAGCUUUGAAAACCUUAAGCACAAUGAGGCUGUUGAAUUUAUCAAGUCACAAAAGCACAUCAUGGUCACACUUAAGGUAAAGUUGCCAUUCUUGAUAUUGUAGAUUGUACGCUGUCUACUAGGUGUUGUUUCAAGUCAUGGCCAUGUGCCCAUUGCAUUGUUUCUAUAGACAAAGGGAUCACUCAGUCUCCUUACCUUGUUUUCUUUCCACCCAAUUGGAUACAUUAUGUUAGGUAGAACCUGCUGGGUCUAAAGUACAGAUCACACUCCACAGGUCAAGAAUACAGGUCACCGCUCCAUCGAUAAAUUACCAGACCACACAAGUUCCUCUCGAUCUAAGAGAGCAUUUUGUUAAGAAAUUAGGGCUAGGAGACACUUUUAAUUCUUUUUGUCUAUCUGUAUCAUGGUGACCUGUACUCUAACCUGUGAAAAAGUAACCUGUGUUUUAGACUCACCGAAGUUCUGUCAAUGAACGUACCAGUAAUUUUAGACCAUCAGGAUUCAAUUAUAUAGAUAUGCCAGAAGAAGUAAAAGUUUGUAGAGUUUACAGUCAAUGCAUAAAUAAGCACCACCAUUGCAUUUAGUGUUUUAAAUAUUAUAAUAUAUCACACAUCUUUUUGUAGGCUGUGGGAAAGCUUCCGGAGGCAAAACAUUAUCAAUCCCAAAUCAGUUGGGUUUAUCCUGAUGGGACUGUUGUAAUAGGUAUGUCAUGACACAAUGAAGAAUAUUAAAUAAUUUAACCCUCAAGUUCUCUACAACAGCCAUCUUUGGGACAGGUUGUAGUCAUUAUAGAGAUUACCUUUAGUAGAGGUGCAAGUUUAUAUGCUGUUGUUGCCCUAUAUAAUAAUAAGCAUAUUGUUGCUGGACUAUAAACAGACACUGUGCGCACAUAGCUUACACACACAAAUUUACUAGGACCCUGUAGUUUUUUGCUCAGUGCCCUUGCUGUUGAAAGACCUUGUUUUGUUAUCAGUUGUGCUCUUUUUAACAAAAAUGAUUCUGAUCACAAGUUUGCCAUGCAGUAUAAGAAUAACACAAUUUGCACAUGAAAAGCAGGAAGGUUUGUAGCAUAAGAUUGUCAUCGUCAGCCUGGGUACUAUUCAACGGCACAUAGGCACUGAGAACACAACCAUAAAAUGGGCUAAUCUUAAAGAGUUCAAACCUAAUGUUUGUACUAUUUUAUGGUAAUAAACAGGUGGAUAAUUUGCAAGCCUCCGCCUUAGGGGUGUAAUGAUUCAUAUUCCUUACGGUUUGAUUCGAUUUCUAUUAUUGCCUUUCGAUUUCGAUUAUUUUGACUCGAUUAUGUAAAUGUUUCUUAAUUCUUAUAACAUAACAUGUAAUGUAAACAACAUGCAACCCUAAACCCUCAAUUUGAGAAUAGUAGCAGGGACAGGAGGAUUCACAGUCGCUUGGUUCGUCGCCAUGUUUGAGAACCUGACAAAGAGCGUGUCGCACAUAGUUUACCUUAUUUGGAAAUUAAAGGGUGGUUGAAGGACAGCAUUUUUACCAGGCAACACAAAAUGACGUACGAAAUGCUGUCGUCUUUACUCGUCAAUCAUAAACGCAUAAUUUAAAGCGUUCUGGAUUUCGAUUUUACAAUAUAAUAACUCACUAAGGGCACCCUGGAAAAGGUGUGCAAAAAUCGAACCAAAAUUGAAACAUGGAAGCAAAGAAUCGUGAAUCAAACCAAAUGGUCAUAAUCGCGAUUAAUCGAGAAUUGGAUUGGAAUUUUAAGUUACUCUUGAUUUUACUCAUACAUGUAAAGAUUGUCAAAAGAUCUGCUCUUGCAUUUUGCAGAGGGUAAAGAGUCGUACACAAGAUCAAUUUCGGCACCAGUCUCCCCAGUACCAUCUCUAGAGCUUAGUCACUCAAGUACCCAGUUCCCGAUUUUAGAACAGGAAACCCCAACAAGAGACACACCAAGUCCAAGGCCAGUGUUACGAGAGACUGGGGUACAGACCCCUGAACCGUCUCCUGAACCUCAGGCAGAAGUCAGAGAAGAUGUGGUAAUUGUGAAAGUUGAGCAGAGUGAAAAUGCAGAACUGGAAAGGACACAGAGUGCUAAGAGUCUGGCUACCUCCUCCACCAGUAGUGGAGGUGAAUUUGAGAAGCAAAACUCAAUUCGAUCUGCCCAUUCCUUUGAGAGUGUGAGCAGCAGCAGAGAAGAAAUGUUCAAAAGAGCUUCAGUAUCAAGCAUGAGCAAGGAAGAGGCCAUUUUAAGUGGUAGUGAUGGAGAGCUUAAUGAUAAGAGGAAGGUCAAGAAGUCCAAAUCUUUCUUGCAGAAGCAUGGAGACAAAAUUAAAUCCAAGCUAAGCUUCAGGAAAAAGAGUAAACCAAAAGUGGAGGAAAGAAGUAAGUACAAGACAACAGUUGUCUGUUUGUGUGUGUUUUACUCAUUUGACGGGGGAAAAGCCUGAGAAGUUUUGAAUUUAUAUUUCAAAUUUAGUUUUGUUCAACAGAGUCAUCACUCAAUAUGAAUACUGAUCUUUAGUAGUAGUUCUCAAACAGUCACACUAGAAGCCUUUAGAGCUUUCAUGAAUAUAUUUAGAAGACUGAAAAAAAGCAAUUUUAUUGGCAGCCAUAAAAACCACAGAAUAUGCUUAUGGUAGGCAGCCUUUGCAAGGUUCUUUAGGGUAUUCCAUUAUGUAUUGCUAAUUAGUAUUCUACAGCAACUUCUUACAUUCUGAUUGGCUAAUAAUACUAACUAUUCAUCAGUUCUUUGAAAGCAAAUACAGAAAAGCCAAGUUGUCUGCCGGUAAAAAAAGACAAUCAAGGCUGUGUUCUAGCAGAGCCUGGUGCCCCCUGGCACCUACACUUUUCUCUGAGGUGACUAGAAAUUAAAGUUUUUUCAUAAAAAUCAUAUGCUGGUCACCCUGGAUUUUACAGAUUCAAAGCAAUUGGUCCCUGUCAAUUUUUCUUAGAGCACAGCCUUGUAUAGCCUGUGAACACAGACGUAUUAUUAAUUUUGUGGUUGUCGCUUUGGGUGGAGAGAAGCAACGACCAGAAAUAUGUUUUUGUUCUCAGGCUAAGCCUUGUAUUGUUUUAUGAAACCAGUUCGUAAGGUUGUUUAUAGGUUUGUUUGUAUAGGUUGUUGCAUCAUCAUUUGUCAUCUCUGAGCUUGUGCAUCACUGAUAUUAUUUUCAUUUUUUUACAUCUGAUCCAUCUUUUUUAAAAUUCCUAUUAAAAUUGCCUUUAUAAGGCUUUGUUGUUGUAAAAUACAACUUCCAUAACGUGAAUUGAUCAUGAUAUACAUUUUAACGUCCUUCCCCAUAAAUUUAUCAAGCUAAUGAUAAAGGUAUAAUAUUAGAAUAAGUACUUGAUGUUAAAUGAGAAAUAAGUAUAAGAAAUAAGCUGUACCAAAUGAAAAAAACAUUAAUUAAUUAAUUAAAUAUGUUAUGUAGUUUUUAGCUUUUAAGCUUUGUCCUGAAAUGCACUUUUUUUACCAUUUUAAAGAUAUAAGCUUAAUUCUGACUUUUCUGGGGCCAUUGCAUGUUGACCUAUUAAAAAUAAAAAGACUAUUUUUAAAAAUACGUAGUUAUCUUGAUUUUUCCUUGAACAAACAGCUAUUAAAUAUACAAAUAAAAUUUAUAAACCAGAUUAAAUUGAUUUUCAGUUUACGACUUACUAUAAUGUAAAGACAUAAUGAGAGAAUAACUGAAAUGAUUUUAACCGUGGUUACUUCGUUAAGGUCAUUUAAAGAUCUAAAGUAUAAAUGUAAUUAAUAUAAUUAUAAUCAUAACACUAUAAUGUUAAAUCCUGUUGUUGUGUUUGUUUGUUUGUCCGGUUGAUGUCUGGUACUAGCAUUUCGUGAGAUGCAACUCCCUUUACAUGCGAGCCCUAUUUUUGAGAAGGGUUUUGGUACUCAAUUAAUGCUACUAGGUGGAUCAACAAGACAGCAGAUGUUACUUUACAUUGAAGAAAAGGCAAAGAAGAUUCUAGUGGUGGAUGAAUACAAUGCUGUUAUAAGACAUAUUAAGCAGGUAAAGAAAGAGUACAUUUGUACAACACCGUAAACUGCUGCUUAUAAGCCUCCCCCCCCCCGCUCUCUCCACUUAUAAGCCCCUUCCCAGUUAUAAGCCCUUCGAACUGUACACAAAAAAUACAAAAAAAAAACAGCAAUUUUUACUUUAAAUUGAAGAAAAGGCAAAGAAGAUUCUAGGGGUGGAUGAAAAAAAUGCUGUUAAAAGACAAAUAAAGCAGGUAAAAAAAGGGUACAUUUUUACAACCCCGUAAACUGCUGCUUAAAAGGGUCCCCCCCCCCCCGCUCUCUCCACUUAUAAGCCCCUUCCCAGUUAUAAGCCCUUCGAACUGUACACAAAAAAUACAUACGAUUAGAAGCAACCCCCACCCCCAGGUAUAACCCCCCUCUAAAUGUAUUGAAAUGAACUUGAUUCAUUAUGACAUUUUGAAGCUUUAAAAAACGCCAGUAAAUGCAAAUCGUAUUUUGUUCAGCGCUGCUUUUAUAGCUCUAGUCUGGUUAAAAGCUCCUCCGUUUCUAAUCCCUCCUAAAACCCCUUACGAAUUAAUUUUUAUGUAUAAGCCCAGGACUUACAAAUCGGCAGUUUACGGUAGAUCAUAAGUUUAAGGUUAAUCUAACCUUUGACUAGGCGACUGGUCUGUUUACCCUCUUUCAAGGAACAUGGCCUCAAUUAAAUUCGUAUAUUUAAAUUCUGCCAAUUGGGACGUACUAAUGACCUGGGGAAAAUCGACAGAAAUGAAGUUUUAAAUCUUAUGUUUAAGUUUCGUUGUGAUACUUUUAAAAACUACAUCCUGUUGUGCUUCAGCCUAAAACUCAGUUCCAUGAUCUUUUUAUUUUAGUACCAAGAAGAUUCGGAUGUAGAGUCCCUUGUGAAUAAACUGCUGGCAAUACUGGACAGACCCGAGAAAGCUCUUUUGUUGAGAGAUAUAAGGUGAGAAAACAUGACGAAAAACUGCUGCUGCUGCUACAGUUAUUUUUCCACUCAUAACACCUUUAAUUUAUGAGUUUACUUUCUAUUUCAUAGCUGUAACUAAUUAAAAAUUAUACUUACAUUACUGAUUGAGUAGUUUUAUCGACGCGUUGUUUUUGCUGCGUUCAAGGUGAAUAUUUUUGGGGCAAGAAAAAUAUGCUGUUCUCUGAUUGGACGAUAGGAACCCGUGGUUUGGCAGUUUGGCGCGUUUUUGAGCGGAUUGUGUUUCGGUCAUCUGCAGUCCCAAUUUAUAUCUGCCACUUGUUGUUAAUAUUCUUGAUAAUAUUUCCUUCAAAGGACGUUAGUAUUGCCAUAUGAUCUCGGAAGAUUUGAUGCCAUGGUUUCCGCUCAUGAAAAGGAGGCACUUGAAUACCUCAGCGGUUGUGUACCCGGUGAGUGGUCGUCUAAGCAAUAGGAUUUCCCGCAUUCUCUCCUCUAGAUUCAUGUCGGAAAUCCUCACAAGUAGGUCACUUUUCGAGACAACUUUGGAAAUCGUCGAAAUAUUCUGCGAAUACAGCUGUCUCGCGGCGAGGAGCGAGCAAUGACGGCUGUAUUCGCAGGCUGUCUUUAGGGUUCACUGGAUGCUUUAGAUCAUCCUUAAAUCUUUGGAUGAAUAAGUCAUCCUGGAAAAAGAAAAUUUCAAUGUAUCUUUGGUAGCAGGCACGCGUAGACGGAGAGGGGAGGGUUGGGGAGGGGAGAAACACUGCAGUAUGUCUCUGUAGUGUAAGUGUUUUACCCUUUUUUGUCCGUUUAGUGAUGUGGUGAAGGAUUUUUAGCCGACAGCAAAAGGGGGACUUUCUAAUAACAAGAGUCGCCCUUUAAAUAGUGCAUGCAGUAAAAGCUGGAUGGAAUUUGGACACCUUAAAAAGUCAACUAAAUUAUUUGCAAGCGCAAAAUCUUCUCAUCUGAACAUAUUCCAUGCUGUAAAGGUUUGACGCGUGUAGCAAUAUGUCUAUGAUAUUGAUGUUUGCUUUUUUCUUAAGGUUCACCUACGAUAAUACCGACUGUGACGGAAAAACCCAAGCGGCAGCUUGUAGCCGCCAUCCAAGGUACGAUUGACAAUGCUAUCAGUACGUAUAACGAGCUGUGAUAAUUUAUUAGGGGGGCGUUUUAAAGCGACGCACUUCAACCGAAAGUAAGGUCUUUUAUCGUUUAAUGUGCCUUGGCGAUACCACAUUUUUUCUUUUUGCUAUGUUUCCUUACCCUUAUACAGACAAUUUGCCCGAAAAUGUUGGUAAAAACGUGAAAAACGUUGCCGAAGAAUGAAAAAAGGCCACUUCAGGUUAACGUACGUCGCUCAAAAACGCCGUUGCUUAAAGCUCCCUUAUAGUGUACAAAACGAACACUUUAUUCAAAACAACAAGGCUACUGAUAUAUUCAUACUUUAUAAUAUUUGCCAAAACAAUUUAAUACCAGUGUUAAAAUGUUUUGUUUACAAGUAUUAAUUAUGAAGGUCUGUUAAGAGCUUUUUGUCACCUCUUGGAACUCCUUUUCUGUAGUAAAAUAUUUAUACUAAUUUGAUUGUGCUAAGAAGGAAUCUCUGGUUUGUACUCGAUUCUUAGUUAAUUGAAGGAGAGAUGUUCGCUCUUAAGCAAUCUAAUACCUGAGCUAAUUUGAUCCUAAAAUCGUUCAUGAGAAGGCUUGAUUGACGAGGAGAACGACGUUACCAUGUACACUACAUAUUUGUGUCUAUUUAAUACUGUAUGUUUAGCUAUAAGGUCUUUGGUUCUGCUUUAAAAGCACCUGAAAAAAAAUCAAGCUUUUUUGGGAUGAAUAUCUUUUUAGAACAGUUAAACCUAAACUCGUCUUUAUGUAACAACUCAUAUCUAGGCAAAAAGCUGGGCUGUUUGGAUAAUCCGCGACUUGUAUAGAUUAUCCGAGAUCGGCUUUACUCGGGUACAAAGCAUAGAGUUCAUGUAAACAUCGGCCGCUAAAUUUUCAUUAUGCGACUUUAUAACCUGGACAAUUUAGGCACAAAGCUUUCCAGGAUGUCUUAGAAUUGGAAACUUUGUGUAGUGAAAUGAUAGUACUGGUCGUUAAGGUACUGAAAAACGGACAACAAAAAACAUGCAACUUGUCUUGCAACAUCGCAGCACAGCGAGUUGGAAAGCGAUGUUGCGCGUAUUAACACCCACAUAAAACCUGUUGUUCACAGUUUUGAAUGAGGGUGGUAAAACGCGCAACAUCGCUUUCCAACUCGUUUUGCCGCAAUGUUGCGAAGCAAGUUGCACGUUUAGGGUUUAUGUUGCAUGUUUUACCGACAGAAACUUUUUAAUAUUGAUGGAUGUUUUUUACAGACAGUAGAGGAAGUUUCCAAUUAAAAACCAAAGAAGAAGUGGAGAAAAUAAGGCAAGAAAAACAAGAGAUGGAUAAGAGGCGAGCACAAACAGCUUGGCUCGGAGGCAGCAUUCUUGAUCGCAGCACAAGGAGUAACACAGCACACAAUCCAAACGCUAUCAUUACAUUACCACCGAACUACACAAUGGACGCAAUUCCAGUCAGAGAUAUGUUUUCAGCUUCGACAAAUAACUCUCCCGCAUCGUUUGAUGUUCCUGUUAUCCAGGUCAACAAUGACAGCGUAUCCAGGACUCCUAAACAUGACGAAAAUGAUAACGAGAAACCUCGACCUUCAAACUCGCUGUUGGUACCUGAUCGGGUAUCAGUGGAGUAUAGGGACGACGAUAAAGAGGAAGGACUUAACACGCCUAUGUCGCCAACUGCUGGUUUAUCGAUUCCUGUUCCAUCGAUCGCUGUUUCUAACCAGCAAGCUGGUAUCACGAUUCUUCUUUCGAAAAAAAGAACGAGUUUAGGUCAGUGAUUCACCGUUUCCUAGUUUAAUGAUAAAUAUAUAAUCCGGAACAAGCCGCUCUUUUAGUUCCCUGUGUUCCAGAGGUUAUUUUUUUCUUAUCUAAUUCGAGAUAGUUCGCGGCGAAGCCGGGUCAACGAGAGAGAAAAAAAUAACCUCAUCUCGGGAGCUUUUUCAAACCGUGAGCACGGUUUAGUUCAUCCUAGGUCUAAAUCUAAAUGGAUAACCGUAUCAAUCUCCCAUGCCGGAUAUAUAUGAUACAGGAGAAGUAGAGAUUUCAAGAACGGACCUCUGGAGCCAGGGUAUUCUUUUAGAAGAAUUUCAAAGUUUUUGAAAUCCCUUUUCUCCGUUCCACGGCCCUAACCAAACAAAAAUUCUCCCUGGAGCAUGCAAAGUUAUUGUUAACGGUGGUUCUUCGUAAGGCGCGGACACACGAAAGUUCUAAUUUUUUCCGACGCGAUGCAGCCGGACUUGUCACUCGAGACCUUGAACGAUAUGAUAUUCUAUAUAAGGGAAUUAGGCCGUUUGCGACAUAGGUUAAAUUUACUUCGGUUGCUUUGUAAUGGAUAUGGACAAAAAAGAAGAAAGAUAAUUUUGGGAUCGCCGUCUUGACCUAACGUGUGGCAGCAUGUGACUCGGUCUAAUUGCCUUUGCAUUAGCGGGGCUCUAAACUUAUUCGAUCCUUUCCAUUUUUGUCGUAAGUUUUUGGCUUUGCAUUUAAUUUUGGUUCCCAAUUUACACUCUUAAUCUAGUGUGGUUCGAGUGACAGGUCUAGUUGACAAAAGGUUUAUAUAAUUGGUCUCGUACUCACUAGCUGUACGUCUUGUUUAUUCCACUGUAGGUAUAAGUAUUUCAGGCGGAAAAGGUUCGAAAACCCAACCCGAGGUUAGAGUUGAGAAAAUAUUCCCAGGUGGUGCUGCUGCUGAUGACGGAAGACUCAAGGUAGAUGAUCCUUUUUAAUAAGGUUUUGGUUUCAUCAGCCAAAGGGAAAAGUAACGAAGUAAUGUUAACAUAGAUAUUGCCGGCGGACGACCAAAAGAGCCCCCAAUCCUAAUCUCCAGGGUUCCGGGUGUUGAAAUGCUGGAUAGCGGUAUCCAUCGGAUAAAUCACUAUCCAGAGGAUAAGUAUUAGGGGAACCAAUUGUAGUAUGCACUGGAUAGAGAUUUAUGCAGCGGAGAGCGUUAUCCACUUUUUGAACAACUGGUGCCAGUUGCUAUUUCGUAUGUGCAGUACGGGCCAGCAUAGGAUUCCUUUAGACCUCCACUAAGAAUGAAUAGGAUGCAAUCUGAUGACACGCGUUUGGACUUUUUAUAAUUCGUUGUCUUACCUUAUCUAUCCCGUGAAACGUUCGAAAAGUUCAUUGCGGGAGCAGGAGUGUUUGACCGCCCAUACUCCCUAACGAUUAGUUAUUACUAGUUGUGUGUCCACUUUUUCCUGUGGCUUGCAGUAACAUCAGUCACCUUUGUGUUUAGUUUUUCCUGAUACUGGCACAGGGUCCCCUCUUCCCGCACUUAGUUUUCCCAAACUCGUUCCCAGAGUCUCUAGGAAGGAAGACAAGUAACCUGGUAACAUGGUUGAUAUCUUCCUGCACUUAGUAUCCCUCCCGUGACCCUCUGAAUCUUUCCCGCGCUUGAAAGAUUUUCCACCGGUUUCCUUUUUUCCCGCGCUUUGUGUGUGAGCUUGUCAAGUGCAUGUUUUUUCAGCUAAUUCAGUACUUUCUUGUGCUUAAUUACACCAAUUAAUUCCACGCUUCCUUGCCUCUUUAAUGAUUUUUACUCGUUAUUUUUGUUGUUCCCAGAAUUUAACGUAAACGUCUUUCUCUAUGAGCAAAUUUCCGGCCAGUAAACCAGCGGGUACCUGAAGAAGUUUUUUUUCUCACUUUGAGUUUUCUUCAAAUUGCUUGCUUUCAGAGUGGUGACGAGAUUUUGUCUGUUGACGGUGAAAGUCUUCAAGAUGUCACGCAUGCAGAAGCAGUUGACAUCAUCAGGAGGUCUUACAACAACAAGUCCAAAGACGUCAUGGAAAUCGUAGUGAUACCAAAGCAAUAACAGGGUCUUAUACAGUAAUUAUGCAAUA